AUGGUCUCCAAGAAGCUGCGUCGCAGAGUGAAGGGCGAGGCCGAGAAACUUCGGCGUUUUUGCGCCGAGCAUGAAGUUGGUCAGGCUUGGAUGCGCUAUAAGGCGGAAGUUGAUGCGAUCUCGAUGGCCAGAAACCUCGCGAGAUUGGACUUGGGCAACGACACCAAGGCCAUCGAGGAGACGGGAGCCGAGCAGUCAUCUCUGCCUUCAUCAAGGCCCAAGAACAAGACGCAGCGACAAGCUACUCGUCGCAGGAUUCAUUACAAGGAGGACACAGACGGCGACAUCUCUAGCGAUGAAGGCGAGGACGAUGACGAUGACGAAGACGACGAUCAGAGUACAGUCACGGAGGCCAUGACCGACGAUGGCAUGAGUCUGUCAAGUCUCGCAUCAGGAGAGGAGUACACAGCGGAGGAACUGGCCGACGCUCAGAACCAGCUUGAUGGCCAAAAGAGCUAUGCCCUUUUAGCGCGUGAGCAAGACGACGACGAUAACCAAGUCUUGUUUAUGGAGGUUAGUGAUGACGAGGAUGGCGACGAUGAUGAGGAGUACGAGGAUGAUGAGAUGCUAGAUGCGAGCUCGGUGGACUCCUUUAUGGAGGAGGACGAGGAGAAGGACGAGGCGGAAGUAGAGGAUAUUACGGCUUCGGAGAAAGUCUUCUUUGAUAUUGACGAAGGCUUUGCGGCUCAGAAGCGUAAGGGCGAGGAGCAGAGAGCGGCCAGGAACGAGGACAAGAAAGCGAGGCGUGCAAAGAAGAGAAAGCUGGCACAAGAAGUAGAGGAGUAG